CCCCGUUUUUUCCACGAUGAUUUCCGAGCAUCACAACCAUGUCGUGACCACCGUGGAGAGCGUCCCCGCCGAGGCCGUCACGGAGUCGCCCACGCUGCUGCAGAGGAUCAGGAAGGUCUUUAACAGGGAGCUGCUGCUGACUCUGGCCCUCGGCCAGGUGCUCUCGUUGCUCAUCUGCGGCAUCGGCCUGACGAGCAAGUACCUGGCGGACGACUUCCAUGCCAAUACGCCCGUCUUCCAGAGCUUCCUCAACUACAUCCUGCUGUUCCUGGUGUACACGACCACCCUGGCCGUGAGACAAGGGGAGGAGAAUUUGCUGGCGAUACUGAAGAGGCGAUGGUGGAAAUAUAUGAUCCUGGGCUUGAUAGACAUCGAAGCCAACUACCUGGUGAUCAAAGCGUACCAGUACACGACACUGACCAGUGUACAGCUCCUCGACUGCUUUGUCAUCCCCGUGGUGCUGCUCCUGUCCUGGUUCUUCCUGCUCGUGAGAUACAAGGCUGUGCACUUUGUGGGCGUCGGAGUUUGCCUCCUCGGAAUGGGCUGCAUGGUGGGCGCCGAUGUGCUGGUGGGCCGACAGCAGGGCCUGGGGGAUCACAAGCUCCUGGGGGACCUCCUGGUCCUGGCAGGGGCAACGCUCUACGGAAUCUCCAACGUUUGUGAAGAGUUCAUCGUGAAGAACCUGAGUCGCGUCGAGUUUCUAGGCAUGAUGGGCCUCUUUGGCUCCUUCUUCAGCGGCAUUCAGCUAGCCAUAAUGGAACACAAGGAGCUCCUGAAGGUGCCAUGGGACUGGCAGAUAGGCCUGCUGUAUGUCGGCUUCAGCGCCUGCAUGUUCGGCCUCUACAGCUUCAUGCCCGUGGUCAUCCGGAGAACCAGCGCUGCAGCGGUCAACCUCUCCUUGCUCACCGCCGACCUCUACAGCCUGUUCUGCGGCCUGUUCCUGUUCCAAUACAAGUUUUCAGGACUCUACCUGCUGUCCUUCUUCAUCAUUGUCCUGGGGCUCAUUCUGUACUCGUCCUCCUCCACAUAUGUGGCCCAGGACCCCCGCGUGUACAAGCAGUUCCGUAACGCCGGGGCUCCCGUCACGGACGCGCCGACCACGGGGCCCAUGGAGCCUUCGGUCACCUACACCAGCUUGGGCCAGGAGAUGGAGGAGGAGCCUCGAAUCAGGGUAGCCUGAAGGGGCAGAGUCAAUGGGCAGGGCAGCAGCAACGAUGCUACCCCUCGCUUGCCCGCCUCACCUCUGUAGAGAGGAGGAAAAU